AUGAGUGGAUCCAUAUACCAUAUCAGUGCUAAUGUCCCCAGAUGGCGUGGGCCUAGUCGCCAGUCGUCGCAACGAAACUCCGGCGCCGGAAACCGUGAUCGCGCUCAGGGUGGGCAUGGAGGCUCUCAGGGGAACAAUACGGCAUGGGCUACCUCGGCCUCUUCACAAGCACAACAUGUCCCCGUUCGGGGGUUCAAUGCCACAGAGGCAAAGAAUAUUUUAAAAAGAGAACCGAAAGCAGUCAUUUACAAGCCGACCGGCAAGGACGCCAAUAACCAACGAUCAGGCAGUCCAUGGGGCUCGAAGGCUAAUACCAUGGUCAAUGGCAAGGAUUUCUUCGUCGAACUCAGAAAGCAAGUGGCUUCGUUGCAGCGAGGCGGUCCUCCUGUUGGAGGCUGA